GAAAAAAAUACCUUCAAAGUAAUGUUUCAGAAUUGCCAGAACAGUAUUCUUAAUAAUGUAGCCGUUGAAGGGAGUAAAUUGAACGAGACAGGCAAUUAUCAGACGGUUUAUUCAGAAUAUCAGUCAUUAGUUGGAAGUUCAGUAGAGAUGACAACGUCAGGUAUGCCAUCCGCUUCUGCACCAGCUUCUUAUCAGCAAUUAAAUCAGAUGUCACCACAGUCAACUGUUGCAUCAGCGAGCCAAUUCGAUCAUAUCACAGUUAUGACAAAUUUGCAACAGCCUUCUGAUUUGUACACCGGGAUCCCUGUGUCUUCAGUUUCUAAUGGAAUAGCUUACACAAUCCCCAAUUCGACAAACACUGCCGCACUUCAAAUCUAUCCUCCGUCAGCAAUAACGCAGCAAGUGCAGCAGUCGGUUCCAGCGCUGAAUGCAAUGCCUCCAACAGUGAUGCAGAAUCGACCGGAUUAUAGCAUGCAGCGCUUACAAACGUCUCGCACCAGUAAUAGUCGCACUAAAACGACAUAUUCAUCAUUAUUACCAGUAACUGGACGUGGUUCUAACCGACAGAUUGCUAAUAUAUCUGUUGUCAGUGAUGAUGGACCGACCGUACGGCAGCACUUGCAACAGCAACACAGAGCCCGCCUGCAACAGCAGUUGGCCUUGCAGGAAAAGACAAAAACAGAUAAGGACGAUUUAAUGACCGAUUACUCGAGCAUAUUGUCACCCGCUGUCGAUAAAAUGUUACCGGUGUCUACCACUAUGAAUUUAUCAGCCUCGAGUUCGACGAACAUGCUUGUGUCAGCACCGAUGAAUAUACCCGCAUCGCCAUCAAUGAAUGUACUCACUUCACCAUCUAUGAAUAUACCUGCCUCGCCAUCCACAAAUGUACCUGCAUCACCAUCGAUGAAUAUACCUCCAUCCCCUUCCAUGAGUAUUUCUCGGGUUCCGCAAAUGCCACGACAGCAAUAUAUUCCUCGUAUGGCUCCUCAGAAACCACGAAUUAUGACAGAUCGUGUUCGACGAAUGCCGAUGUAUGAUAACAAUGCAUAUCAACCAGCACCAUCAUUUUGCCCGCAGAAGCAACGUGCUGCUGAAAUUCAUGAGGAAGCCAUUCAGCGUGCGGCUGCUGUUUACAAUCAGAUUAGAGGGCAGAAGUUUUCUCCAUCUAGUGCUAAUCCUCCCCAGCCUAGAAACACGGCAUUUCCUCGAUCUCCUGCCACAACAACUAUUGCUGAGACGUCGGUUGAAACUGUUCAAAAGAAGUCACCAGCAAGAAAAAGAAACCAUUCGAUGAUGUCAGCUUCACAGGUUCGUGUUACCGUACUUGGAACGCAGUCAGAACCAGCCACACAACAAAUUAUCACUGAAAGUGACCACGUCUUACCAAUUCAUGGUAUUGCUGGACUUCCGAAACAGUCACGUAUCGAAGUGACAGGUACAGGACCCGGAAAAGAUGUUGUUCCUCGCAGCGGCGAUGAGAAACCACCCUGGCAGUUCAUUCGUACAACUAGCAGUGCUGUUUCCAUUGGUACAACGCAGACAAUGGAAGACUGCUCGAAAAAUGACGUUGGGAUGGAUCCUUCCAGUGCGCAGAAAUCAUUCUCUAUUCAGAUUAAUAAUAACUCAUUCUCUUUGCCGACUGCCGAACCACUUCUUACCGAACGAAUUGCUUCCUCUACCAAUGGUUCAGAAUUGGGCAUGAUAUCUGGUGCAUCUGAUCUGAUCGCUGCUCAGCCUGUACUAACUGGAAAUGGUAGUCAUUUCUCCGAAUCAUUACGUGAAGUAAUGGCGCAGGUUGAUGAUGACGUAAUAAACUAUACACGUGAGGCUCAGUAUGUUCGCAAACUGUACUUUAUGAAGCGGCUGGUUGAAUCGCUUGUUAUUAAAAACGGUGCAUUAUGUGAUGAAGUCUCACGUUUGAACCAGCGUAUUCGAACUGUAAUAGAAGAAAGAAGAGUUUUGGCAAAACGAUUACAACAUCAUGAACGUAAUCGGAUUCGUAGGAUUCAAACCAAGUUAAAGAAGCAAGCGGCCGCUCGUGCUACAAAAACUAAUCAGUCGCAAUCAACCCCUGCAUCAGCAACGAGUGGAACAGAAGGGGGCUUACCAGCUGGUGAUAUUGAAAACUAUGAAAGUGACGAUUCUGAUAAGACACUUGUUUCUAGCGGCGCGGCUUCUCCGAAUACCAGCACGUCAAAUUUUGGCAGUUUAGUGGAGCAGAAUAGCUAUUUCCAGAUGUCUCGUGUCGAAACGCCGGAACCAGCUUCACGCAAUCAAGAAUUCAUGUCGAAGGUGAUGCUUGACAGUACCGUUGUUCAGGAAGGUGGAAAAAGUAAAAUGAAAAGCGGUAUGCGUCGUCAUCUCCCAGCUAAACGUGCUGUUACUGACCGCAAAGAAAAAAAGGUUUCGUCAAACUAAAAUUCUAGUCAGUUGCCUGUGAUAGUUAGGUGUGACCUUUUGACGGUAGCUAUAGUUGGUGAUAUUCUAGUGAUCUUUUCAUUAACUUAUUUGUCAAAUUAUUUCCUCAAUUUAUACACUUCAAUUUGUAUGCUGCUAUUAUUAAAGAUUGUGAAUAGUAUUCGUAAAGAUUGUGAAUAGUAUUCGAAUUUAUAAACGCUUUAUGGAUGCCAAAGCAACACCAUGAAAGCAUUAAUACGAUAUUAUCAUUAUUUGAGAACUCAUCUUUUUCCCAGUUCCUUAACACUGUAUGAUAUUACGUAGUUGGAAAUCUGUGAUUGAUUCAGUGAAUUCUGUUAUUCUAUCAGUUGGCUGUUGCUUUGAUGAAAUAUUAUACUGAAAUUGUAUUUUGCAUGAUAUUUAAUCUCUUGCAUUCUGUUUUAUUAUUCGUUUUGCAGACACUCUGCAUUGUCUUAUAGUGCAACACAUUUGUAUUGAUAUGGUCACCUAAUGGGUGAUAGUUUUUAUUUAAUUCAUAUUCUGCUUUUAUGAAGCUCAUACAUGUAGUAUUUAUUGAUAGUUUUGUACAUGAUUUUGCAUAAGAUGUACUGGUGCAUUGUCAGUUUUCACUCCUCAAUUAAACUAGCCAUGAUCUCAGGAUUCUAUUCUAUCGUUGUUAUUGUUCAUCUGUAUCUAUAGAGCAUAAAAUAUUUUAUGCAUUGCUCA